UUUUUUUGUUGUUACUACUAUGCAUGCUAUAAAAUUGCUAUAAACUGCACAUUCUUAGCAUCAGCUGUAUCGCGUCUCGUUAGUGCUCAGCGCGAACCACACAAGUAGGAGCCGAGGCCACAUCGCCUUACCAUCUGUUGCAGCUACAGCUAUUAUCUUAACCUAUAUCGCAUGGCUUUACACCUCGGGAACCGCCCGGGAUGUUGCAAUUCGUGUUACAGCAGCGCUUCUGCAACGGCAGGCCAACCUAUCGUCCGAGUCCUAGGUACCAAACCCGACAGAGCCUCCAAGAAUAAACCGCGUUUUGCGCCUUGCAACCUUGCUGCAGCUUCCCGACCGCACCAGCUUGCGCCUUUAACCAGCCAGGCAGCUGCAGCCUCGGCUUCUACUCCUUUUGGCCGGGAGACUGAUUAUCAAGCGAGGUGUGCAAUUCAAUUCCAGUCGUCAAAUUGUGGGGCCGCGUCCCAACCGCAACACACUUUCCGAAGCCAUGGCAAAGCCUCCGACUACGACUAUUCGAAGAACUCUUCUUUAAGCGUCCUCUCCGCAACUACCCUAAGUCGUAAACAACCAGAAGCCAGCGAACAAGAAGACGGGGAAGAACUCGAGGCCGGAAGGUUACUGGUUGCAAGCGAGCGGACUCAGGAAGACGCUCCUGCGUCUGUUUCCAGCGGCAGCCGUAUCGGCAGCAGAGGUGGAGACGGCGGUGGAGGCGGAGACAACGGUGACGAUGGGGGCGGGUACGGCAGCUAUGUGCUCAACUUCGGGACGGCUAUCCGUGUACUCCGAGAGGACCUACCGCAGCUCCUGCAGCGGCCGCUCCAGUGGGACAUCUACCGGCCCGACAUUGCCUUCCACAACCCCUGGACCCCGCCCCUGCAUGGCUUGAAGCAGUAUCAGCUGCUGCACAGCUUCAUACGAGCUCUGGCCCGACUGCUCUACCGUGAAGCCACUGUGGAACUCAUUCGGAUGUGGACACCUGUGGCUGGCGGCGGCGUUGGAGGAGGAGGAGGAGCCGGAGGAACUGAGAGCGAACGAGGUAGUGGCGGCGGCAGCGGAGGCGGAGGCGGCUCUCAGUCACGCGACGGCGGCAGCGGCGCAGGCAGCAGCAGUGGCGGCGGCGCUGGCGGCAGCAGGUUUGGUGGCGGGCAGCUGCGGGUGCGGUGGCGGGCGAGGGCGCAGCCGUGGCUUCCCUGGAGUGAGGAGCAGCGGCUGGAGGUGGUUGCAAUCUACCGGUUUGAUCCGCGGGGCAUCAUUGCCAGCCAUGAGCUGAGCUCCGUCAUCCCACCAGAGCCGCCGUUACUGUUGUGGCCGCUGCUUGCGGUGAUGCAGCUGAUGCAGCGGGCGAGGUCGCUGGGGCGGGACGUCGGCGGCAGCAGGGGCGGCAUGCCGAUUCCAGGAGCAGGAAUGGGGGCGAGCGUGGAGGGGCCUGGGACGGGGCUGGGUGCAGGAGCGGGAAUGGGAAUGGGAGUGGGUGCGGUGGUGAGUUGUUGUGAGGGCGAGUGCAGCGAUGGAGGUAGCGAGGUGGUUUGGAUGUGAACGGGUGUGGCGGGUGUGUGGAAAGCGUGGGAGAUGGGAGGCGGGAGUUGGUUGGGUUUGCUUAACCUUUCGUGCCGGCAACCGCUUCAUGACGGUUGAGGUGUGGCUGACUGCCUGCGCGCCAACAAUAAGCAUACCUACUGGUGUGCCGCCUGAUAGUCUUUGCCACGCUGUAUCCUGGAUAGGGGUAAUGGUGGUUGCGUCGUACAGUUAUGGAGCAUCUGACGAUUGACGAUGACCGAGAG